AGGGGGGGUGAGAAAGAAAGAGAGAGAGGGAGAGAGAGGGAGAGGGAGAGAGGGAGCGUUUGCAGGCAAUGUAAUUGACAAGGCUUGCAGUGGUGAAAUAAACACGCUUCAGCCCGGGCGCAGCUUUUAUUGCACAAUUCCGACUCUUUUGACGCUCUUUUGACGCAUCGCCCAUUACGCGCACAGAUCCCAUUUCAUUUACCAACACCCAAAUAAUUAAUCCGUAUGAAAUUAUGUCCCGAUCGGCGCAGAUCCAGCCGGCAAGAUGAUGAUUUUACCAAGGAGAGGCUUAGAUCGUGUACCCGACUCGGUGGUCCUGGUGAUCUUGAUGGUCACCGCUUCUCUGGGUACCGUUUUCGCCAAGGAUACUGCCUUUGUGGAAGUGGUUCUGUUUGAGUCCAGUCCAAAUGGAGAUUAUACUACUUACACGACUGGCUUGCAAGGACGGUUCUCUAAAGCAGGAGCCACUAUCAGCGCGGAGGGGGAGAUCGUUCAAAUGCAUCCUUUGGGACUAUGUAACAAUAAUGACGAGGAGGACCUGUAUGAGUAUGGCUGGGUUGGAGUGGUGAAGCUGGAACAACCAGAACUGGACCCCAGUUGUCUAACGGUGCUGGGAAAGGCGAAGAGAGCGGUGCAGAGGGGAGCCACGGCCGUCAUCUUUGAUGUAUCAGAAAAUCCGGAUGCCAUUGACCAGCUCAAUCAGGUGGCGGAGGAUCCCCUGAAGCGGCCGGUGGUGUACGUGAAGGGGAACGACGCCGUCAAGUUGAUGAACAUCGUGAACAAGCAGAAAGUGGCCCGCGCUCGGAUACAACACAGACCGCCGAGGCAGCCCACGGAAUAUUUUGACAUGGGCAUCUUCCUGGCUUUCUUCGUGGUCGUGUCGCUGGUUUGCCUCAUUCUGCUGAUCAAGAUCAAGCUCAAGCAAAGGAGAAGCCAGAGCUCUAUGAACAGAAUGGCAAUCCAGGCCCUGGAAAAGAUGGAGACGCGCAAGUUCAAGGCCAAGGUCAAGGGUCAGCGUGAGAGCAGCUGUGGGGCGUCUGAUUCGCUGAGCAGCAGCUCCACUUCAGACUGUGCCAUCUGCCUGGAAAAGUACAUCGAUGGGGAGGAGCUCCGGGUCAUCCCCUGUGCUCACAGGUUUCAUAAGAAGUGUGUCGACCCCUGGCUGCUGCAGCAUCACACCUGUCCCCACUGUAGACACAACAUCAUCGAACAAAAGAAGGGGAAUCCAGGGCCAGUAUGCAUGGAGCCUGGCAACCCAGUCCACAGUCGGCAGCAGAGGGUGGUGCUGCCAGUCCAUUACCCAGGCAGGGUGCAUCGUGCUGGCCAGGUAACGGCCUACCCAACCCGUACCAGCAUGGACCCCCAUGGCAAUCCCAUCACUGUGCUCACUGUGGACCAACACCCAGAUCCUCAGGGUCUGUACCCACCCCAGUCAACCUCUGCCUUUCUACGGAGCUACCACCCCACCCUCCACCUGGACCACUCACUCAACCCCCACCACUGUGGAUUAGAGCACCGUGGACCCCCUGCCUACCCAGCACAACCCCACCAUGCUGCAUUCAAACGACCAAAGUUCCAUGGUCGCAACUUUUCACGAGCAGCCUGCUUCUCACAGUAUGAGACCAUGUACCAGCACUACUAUUUUCAGGGGUUGACUUUCCCUCAACAAUCUGAGGCAGGACAGGGGCCUGUGGUGGCAGGGCAACUGGGUGGGGCAGGGGGAGCUCAUAAGGGCCACCACAGCAGGGCCUUCCAGCAGGGGCUGUUAUACCCCACUGUGGUACACAUGGCACCUGCCUCUAGUUCACGGAUAGGUGAUGCUGGGAGUACAUCUGGCCUGGGCUGCUACCAUGGCCACCGCUCAGUGUGCAGUGGGUACCUUGCGGACUGCCCCGGUAGUGACAGCAGCAGCAGCAGCUCAGGCCAAUGCCACUGUUCCUCUAGUGACUCCAUGUUGGACUGUACCGAGGUCAGCAAUCAAGGGGUGUACGGUAGCUGCUCCACCUUCCGCAGCUCACUGAGCAGCGACUACGAUCCUUAUGUCUACCGAAGUAAGAGCCCAUGUAGGGGCUCUGCAGGGGAGGCAGGGGCUGCGGCUUGCACCUCAGUUCCUGCUGAGGACUCCUUAACCCCUGCUCCCUCGGGACACGACUGCCUCCAGCCUCCUACCGGGGCUUCAGGGUAUAACUCGGGGGACCACCUCUCCAGCUGCAGCAUGGAGCCCAACUACAGCAGUCGCUCAUCACUGGAACCCAGGGAGAACAGCAACAAUAGCACUACCUCAGCCGGGGCUCCAGAGGCCGCUGGAGUGGACAGGGGAAAGGGUGCACAGGAGGAGUCAGGGGAGCUAGGGGCUGCAGCCUGUAGCUGCUGCUUCGAAGUGCUUCCUCCCAAUGUGGAAUGCAAAGGGCAUGACUCGGACCGAGUUGGGCCUCUGGCCUCAGGGCGCUGUCACAGGGGGGCAGAUUUUCAGAGCUCCACUGCAAAAAACUACUUUGCCCCUGAGCACAUGUGUGCUUCCUCAGAGCAGGUGAGCUACGAGGGACUUCCUUGCUGUUUCUACAAAGAAAUGAAGGUCCACCGGGCCACAGCAGGGCGCUAUGCGGAGGACUAUGCUGUCAAUGUGCAGUAUGCACAUGCAGACUCAGAUGCCUGCUCUGGACAGGGCUGCUGCGAACUUAGUCAAAGAAUACCUAUAAUUCCUGAGGACACAGAUUGUGAAUUGGGCAUAGGGGCAGAGACCCAGAACAGUUUACUGCCUGCCAGUGUCACAGUGGAGGGGGAGGGGCGAACAGGGGAGCGACAGGAGCCCAGGGAGGGUUAUUUCACCUCAGGACAAUUCAGAGGUCAGCCAUACCCUCAGGAGGAGGAGACGAGGGCUCUAUUCCUCCCCCAGCUCUCUUCUAGCCACAAUGCAUCGGGAAGCAGUACUUUGACAAAUGAGGGGCAUCUAGGUAUAUGAGGUUGAGCCCCAAAACAAGGGACUCAGUCAAAGCGUGUAUUUGGUACCAUACCAGUCAGUAAGUCAAUCAUUGAAACCCUCAGUUGCCUUGUUCUAACCUUGCUCGCUGAGCUCUGAAUGUUAUCAUCUUAGAUUGUGUGGAUUUCUACUGAAACUGAUGGCCUGACAUUUCUAGAUAUACAGUAUAUCCAGUUCAUUCCUGUGGCCACAAACGUCUCACACCAAACUAUGUUAGCAUAGCGUUGAGACAUACGUAUACUACAAAUAUGGAUGGAGGUUGAUAACUGAAACUAGAGUGGUAGAUUUUGGCAUCUAGAUGUUGGCUAUCUGCUGCCAUCCAGGGUCAGGACCGUGCAACUAUAAGUAGCGGCGAUGUAACUGGGCCCAGUUCUUGUGAGAUUUUUCUGACUUAGUGAAAAUCUGUUUCAAGAUAUUUAGACUCCAUUUUUGUGCAAGAUAUUUGAUUUUUUUUUAAAAAAUGUACGUUUUAGCUCAUCACACAUACAUCUACAUGUAUACAUUUUGUAUAUGUGUGUACAUGAACACUGUUGCCUAUAAAGCUUCAACAAACCACCAACUCAAAUAGAAAGGUUGUAUGGAUACAGCUAUACCAAAACAGAUUGACAUGAUUGUUGUUGUUUUUUAUACUUUCUUUUUCUUUUUUAAAGGGCAGGGAAAGGGGUCUUUCUCAGUGUCUGUGACCCACAAAUUUCUCUCUGAGGAGACAAAGCUAUAUAGUAUAGAAAAAAAUGCAUAGAAAUGUGAAUGCAUGGCUGACACUGGUCUCUGUUCAUUAUGAUACAGAAUUUGUUUGUUUUAUGCAUUACAUUUCUAUACAGUAGUGGCCUACCUGUACAAGAUGUGCCAGAACAACAUAAAAGCCUUAUGCUGGUAAGCUAUUGUAGCAGUAUCUGAAGAGACUGUGCCACUUCUGGUUGAACAGAUAUCCAAAGUGGCACAGUGUCUUUGGGUCAGUAGAUUUCUUCAAGAGGUAGAGUGUACCACUCUACCUCUUGUUUGGAAGCCCUUAAAAGUUUUUUUAGCUGUCACUUACCCAAUUUCCUCCAUGAGGCAUGCUCUUGAUUAUCUACGAUUCUUAAGGUUCUAGCAUGUAUCUAAAGGCCAAAGGAAAAUAGCUGGAAAAGACUCAUAAUUCAUAAGGGUUCCUCAUUGUACUGUGACUUUUUGUUUUGUUGUUUUUUUUUGUUUUUUUUUAAACAAUGCAGUUACACAUACCACAGUGUAUCCGUUUGAAUCGUAUCGUAUCAUGCAUAAUACAUACUCGCGAUAUCAAUGCUUGUAAUUCAUGCCUUUCUGUUUGUCCUGCAGACUGUUUUUAUACUGUUUCUAUGAAAUAUACCCAUUCUCUUCACAGAGGCAAACCUUCUGAAAUAACCCUAUUUAUAAGUUAACCCAGUGUUGUAAUCAAGUGAGAAUCUAAUCUUGCCUUUUGCAUAGAGAUAUGUACCUACUGCAAAUAUAACAUUUUGGGGUACUUGAGUCACUAUUUAAUUUUUUGUUAUUGUUUCUAGCACUUAAGAAGAUUAAAAUGUGUACAAAAAUUAAUAUUUUUUAAUUUUUUAAGAAUAUAAUUAUUUUCUGUCAUUACCAUUACAAAUGUUUUAAAAAAGGCUAGAAAUCAAUCUGUGUAUAUUUCUGUACCUGUAUAGCAACACAUUUCAUAAAUGGAAAUAUGUUCUCUGAAUAUUUAUUUACUAAUAUAUUUAUCUUUAAGCCAUGUCUUAUGUUCAGAGUGUAUGAACAUUUUGGAGUUAUUUGGUUGCUUUUUAUUUUGAGAAAAAAAAUCACUAACAUGAGACUUUGUAUAUACAUGGUAAUUGCACACAAGACGAUUAAAUCUUCUCUGACCAAAAAACUGAUUUUAAAACUUUAGUACCAUACAGUUUUGUAAUUAAAGUGUACAAAGAUCUGUAAAAUAUACAGUUUUAUU